AUGCCUUUAAAGAUUGACUGUGCUUGGGCAAGAGUGUUUCUUAGAGAAACUAAAAGUUUAAGCAAAACUGAAGGGAUUCCCGGUGAAGGAAAUGCAAAGUUUACUGCUAGAUUGCUGCAAGAUAGAUUUAAAAUCUUUAAUGAACAUUUUCAAGAAUACCCUGGGCUACACAUAAAAUGGGAAGACUUCAUCCGGCAUUAGAGAACCAUUGAUGAUAAAUUUCACAACUGGAGAAGCAAACCGAAAAAGAAGCAUACCUAACAGCAUUUUCCUCAAAGAAUUGGAAUGAGGGCAAAGUAAUAAGUAAAAAAGGGAAAAAAGAUUACUCGUUGACCAGCUGCCAGGCCUGUCUUUUAUUCAACUCUCAAUUACAAUCUACCUUCCUUUUAAGUAAGUUUUGCAGAGGGGCUAGGAAGGGACCUCUGACUGAACUUAACACAAAUGUCAAGAGACAAUGUCAGAGAGAACCUAAGGUCACAAAAAGGAAAUUAAAAAGCAUUGGAGAAGCAACAUAUGCCACUUACAAUGAAAAAUGCCAGGAAAACUUUCAAAAAUCACUUAGUGACAUUCUAGUGCUUGUCCCUGAAGCUGGUCUUCAAAAGAAUUCUUCACCUGCCGAAGAGAAAAAAAUAAGGAGAAAUGAGCAAAGGCAAUCAAAAAAAGAACUAGAGUCCAAAAUGUCACAAAAUGACGGUGCUGUUCACCUUAGUCUUCGUCAGUCUUACAGUUCAAGACAAGUCCAAAGAAUGGCCCUGUCCUAUGAAACCUUUGAAGAGGCCAAGGAGAGAGCAAAAACGACCCCACCAAAGGUCAGGGAAUGA